AUCAGGGAGACUGUUCAAUCACUAGAUUAUUUGUAUUACUUACCUUGUCUCUACUAGCACAAACAGGGUUCUUCUCCUGUUGAUAAUCCAUAUAAAUUAAUUAAAGUGCCUUUAACUUCGCCUGCAUACAUUUUACGGGGUGCCCUGGUGAAUAUAUCGAGUGCAACCUGAGAAGCAGAAGUAGGCUAGCAGAGUAAGGGAGGUUUAACAGAAUGGCAGACGACUCCUUGUUUGAGUUUCUCCAUAUGGAGAUUGUUUCGCACAUUUUCAACGAGCAGCAGUCGAGUAAAGGAGAGUUGGACAACAAGGACAGAGCGGCAUGUAUUUCUCUCUUAGAAGCGAUGGGUUUCAGGGUGGGACAAGGUCUCAUUGAGAGACUGACACGGGACACCCCCAGCUUUAAGGAUGAGCUGGAUAUUAUGAAGUUUAUUUGUAAAGACUUCUGGACUAAGGUGUUUAGGAGACAAGUGGACAACCUCCGAACAAACCAUCAGGGGACCUAUGUUUUACAGGACAACAAGUUUUCUUUACUGAGUCAGUUUUCUGGUGGGAAACAAUAUCUGGAUCAGGCCCCCAAGUAUCUUGCGUUUUCUUGCGGUGUGGUGAGAGGAGCUCUGUCUAACCUCGGGCUGGAGAGUGUGGUGACAGCUGAGGUCUCCAUCAUGCCGUCAUGUAAGUUUCAGGUGGUCAUCCAGAAGCUGUGACCCGGUUGCCUUGGUUACCCCGGUACACAUAAAUGGUGCCAUGGUGUUGGGAGGGUUGUACCUGCAUUUCCACUGAUCAUAACGGACAUUUGCAUAUAUUAUCACAAAUGGGUCAAGUGGGUGAUGGAUGGGUCAACUCAGAUCCUCCAAACCACUGUUUGGACUUCAACCAGGCUCUUUAGUUCAUUUUUGGUUUUGUGCUUUUUUUUUUCUCCUCUGUUUUAAUUUUUGAAAUGCUUGUCCAUUUAAACCGUGUAAUAUAAAAACUUAUGAGUUCUUGUGUAAAGUAUUUUUGAGAGAGGCUGGCAGUGCACUGACUGAUCAGCUAAAUGUUAGAACCAUUUAUCCAAAGCAAACUUCUGACUAAAUCUGUCUAAACAUUCAUGAUUGGUAAAAGGUUGCUUCAAUGAACUAACUGGGGGAGCCUCGCGUGGGAACAAAACUGCUGGACCUAAAUAUUAAAUGUAAAGAGUUGCUUAUCAGUAGGUGUAGUAAAAAAAAAACAAACACAAAAAUAAAGCCAAUUCUACAACUAGAAAUAUAAAUUCCUCCUAUAUUUUGUUCCCUGAUUAUCUAAGUUAAUGUAAACCUGACGCAAGUUUAGGACAUCACUUGAAUUUCGAAUGAAGCUUAAACGGCAAACUGUUUGCUAAAUGUCGGAUGCUGGUGGUGUAUGCUGCCAGUGGUCGUAAAGUUUGUGAGCAGAACAGGUAUGAAAAAAACCAGACGGCAGAACUGCAUCAAGGUCUGGUGUUUUGCGCUGCCUUCUGUCAUUUUUGCCUCUCUGCAAUCAAUUGGUAGUAAUUUGGAUUCAUGUUGCUGGCGUGUUGUUUUAAAUUGAAUUAGGUUACGCAGAUCUUGUGUUCCCAAGUCAAGCGUGCAUUAAAAAUGUGUAAUUAGAAUCAGAUCUUGUUUGUGGGGGACACUGAUCUUCUAAGAUGAUUGACCUAUUUCUACCAAAUACUACAUUUAGAAUACCGACCUGAUUUCACAUGUCUAUAUCUUUUCUCAGUCGGCUGUAAAUCAUGUUCGUAAAAUUUUUUUCUUGAACUGCGUUAUGUUCAGUAACAAUGUGUUUGUUCUCUGUUCAGUCGUAGGGUCUUAAAACAAGACUUCUCUAUGUAAACUUAAUAAAACUAUGAUGUAAUAAAUAAUGCUACACUCCA